AUGUCUCACGGCAGCGACACCAGCGGUCUCCAUCGUCAACCCUCGGAGAGACGGCCGGUGGGGCCUAAGCGCCGCCACUGCCGGCCUGUGGCCGGCGGCGCCCCCUUCGUCGUCUGCAGCGGCUGCGACGAGCUGCUCCAGCUCCCGGUGGACUUCCUCCUCGCCCCCGGCCGCCGCCAGCUUCGUUGCGGAUCCUGCUCUGAGGUACUCGCCUUCUGGUCUCGCGCCGGCGGCCACCUCCUGCCCGCCCCAUCGGAGCCUCCCCAGAAGUCCGGCGCCACCACCACCAGCAACUUCUCCAACGGCGGCGAACCAGAGCCCACCGGCUCACCGUGGCGGCGGAGGGAGGGGGACACCCUCCAUGGCCUGACGAUGGGCUACAACCCGAAUGGCGGCGUGGACGACGAGCUUCGAGGAGGAGGAUCCUACGGCUACGGGAGGAGCAUCCCAAGAGCCAGGAUGGAUGGGCUCCCCCAUCCGGGGGCGGCCGCAAGGUGA